AAAGUAAAUAAACAAGUACAUUAUAAGUAAUCCAAAUAUGUGAAUUAUUGGAUCCAAAUAUAAAGGAUUUAAUUAUGAAUUCUAUGAUUUCUAAUGAAACGUGGAAUUCAUCUGUUUGGAAUCAAUCACAAAUUUUAUCAUCAUUAUCAUCAUUCCCAUCAUCGUCAUCAUCAUCAUCAUCAUCUUUUUUAGUAGUCACACAAGUUGAUGUUACAGAUUUACAAGUUUAUGUAAUACUUAAACAUUAUUUACCAAUUCCAAUAUUUAUUGUUAGUAUAUUAUGCAUCUUAGUCACAUUGAUUGCAGUUACACAACGUGGUUUAUGGCGAACUACAGUUACAUAUAUUAUUGUAUUAGCUAUUGUUGAUUUAUUCACUUUAAUAUCAUUAUGUAUACUUUCUAUGGAUUUUUUUAUUAUACCAGCUUUACCUGAAGGAUUAUUUACAAGAGUUUAUUUUCUAGUUGAAACAAUAUUGGGUGAAUUAGUUGAUACAUUAUUAUUAAUAUCAAAUUGGUUAACUGUACUUAUUGCUACCGAACGUUAUCUUGCUGUGUGUCAUCCAUUAAAAGUACGUUUUAUCGACUGUAAAUAUCGACGUAUCUUUAUUUUACUUGUUAUUUUCUUUAGUGUAUUAAUCAAACUACCCGGAUUUAUUAUAUUAGGAUAUGCAAAAGAGAUUAAUUCAUCAUAUACUAUUAUAAUAUUUAGAAAGAUUUAUAUAUGGAUAGUACAAAUUUUAUUAUUUUUAAUAAUUCCAUUUAGUAUAUUGACAUUUGUCAAUGUACGUCUAAUACAAACUGUACGUAAUUCAUUACAAUUAAUUAAUCAACGAGGUAAAAAAACAAAUAAAGAAUCAAUUUUAUCUUCAAAUUCUACUCAAAGUGAUACUGGAAUAAUGCGUAGAAUUACAUUAUGUUAUCCAUAUUUAUCUUGUUGUAUUUCAUCUACUUCAAAUAAUAUUUAUUCAUUUCAUCAAUGUUCCAAUUCAUUUUAUAAAAUAUUUUGUUGCAAUUGUUUUAAUUUAUCAACGAAACCGGUAAAUAAUUGUCAACUUCAACAUAAUCAACAACAAUCAAAUCAAUCAAAGAGAAUUUCAAAGAAAAAUGAAUUAGUUCAAGUGAAUGAUUCAUCACCAGUAACAAGUCCAACAAGUUUAACAGCAAGUGAACCUACAGGUGCUCAAUUAGGACGUACUCAAAGAGAAGAGAAAAAGAUUACAAUUACAUUAAUUUGUUUAAUUGUAACAUUUUUUAUUUGUCAAGGUCCAUUUGUAUUAACAACUGUCAUUAUGCGUUUUAGUAGUACAGGAUUUUAUUUAUCUGAUACAAAUAAAAUUAUUAAUAACACUUUAUUAUUAUGUAAUACAUUUACAGAUCAAAAUCAUAUUGAAACAAUAACACCAAAUAAACCAUUUGGUUUUGUAGAUUAUAUAAAUCCUAUAUCUGUGAUUGCAUUAGCUUUAAAAAGUGAUUUAUCAUUUUUCUUUUAUUGUUGGUUUUGUGAUCGAUUUUUAUUAGCAUUGAAAAAAAUAACACAUAAUAAAUGUUGGCCAAUAUUGAAAAGACACAAUUUUCACAACACUCAUCAUCGUCAUCAUCAACAUCAUCAUCAUCAUCAUCGUCAUCGGCAUCUUCAUCAUUAUCAUCAAAAAUGUAGUAGUCAUCCACAUUUACAAAAAUUAACUAAAUCUCAUCAAAAUGAACAAAAAAAUAUUAUUGAAUUAAAUAUGCCAUCAAGUGGUAGCCUACCAGCUGAAUAUCGAUUACCACAUCAUCAUUAUAAAGAUGGUGGUGAAUAUUAUCAAUAUCGUAUACCUAUUGAUAUGGUUACUAAUCAGCAUAAAAUUAUAAAAUAUAAAAAACCUGCACCUUUACCAUUUAAUUUAUCUAAACAUAAUAAAAUGAAAAAGAAAUCUGUAAUUAAUUUACCAAUGAAUGUAAAAAUUUCAUGGUCAUCUCCAAGUUGUUCAGAUAAUUCAUAUAAAUGUUCAUCAUCACCUAAAAAGAAAGGUUCUUCUUCAAUUGGUUGUUCAAAAAAAUAA